AUGGAAUCUCAACAAGAACUCGUUACCCUCAAAGUUGAUCACCUUCUCAAGCUUAAAGCUGCGAAAAAUUUUUAUGAGAAUUCACAGCCAAUUACCUCUUUAGACUUUGAUAACACAGGCGAGUUUUGCGUAACUGCUUCAGCCGAUGAUUCGAUUAAUCUUUACAAUUGCCUUCAAGGAAG